AUGCUCCGGCGUCCACCCACGACCCUCACCAUCACCGCCGAAGACGUUGCCGGCUACGAAGAUCGUCGCGCCAGCGAAGCCCUCCUCGCCCAGCAGCAAGCCCGUCUAGUUGCUCAGCAGCAGCAGCAGCAGCAACAGCAGCAGCACCGAGAAAAUGCUGCCGAUUCCGCGAGGGCCAUGCGCGACGAGAGAAUCGGCGUCACGAGGAGGACCGGUCGCUGA